CCGUGAACAAAAGUAACACACAUUUAUAUCGAUCCUUCUGAUUUACUUUGAUUCCACUUCCAAAUCGUAUUAACUGUAUUUUUAAAUACUAAGUGAAAAAAGUCAGUCUCUUCCGACGAAGUUCCGUAAUCUCUGCUACGGGUCGCUACUGUUUCUACGGACAAUUCAAACUCGUAGUACGACUCAACGGCAGGUCGGACGGAAAUCUAUUUUUCAAAUAGUACGAUUCAGUGGCACGUUAGACGCUCGUUUUAUCGUUAAACAAUGUGAUCUAAUAGCAGAUGUGCGGGCAUUUUUAUUCUCAAAUGAUCCAACUCAACGGUUAAUCUAAAAUAACCGUUUUCAACAGCAUAACCCAAUGGCCGGUCGGACAGAUUUCUGUCUUUGUCUAUUGGCCGUCGACGCAGUGUGAAUUCAUCAUUAUCGCUUGUGUUUACCCGUGUUCGCGUCUGACGUCUGAUUCGGGGUAAAAUGUAACCGUAUGACUCCUCAAAUAUCAUGAAUGUCAUUCAAAGGGCGUAAUCGUACGAGGGAUGUGCGGUUGUCCCGCGAGAUUCAAUGAUUAUUAGCGUGUCAAAUAGGUCGUGUAUCAGUUGCAGAGAUUUGUGAAAAAUGGCAGACGUCAGGCUGCUCAUUCAAGAAGAAGGUCGUGCGGCCAGGAACUUGAUAGCUUUUAAUGUGCCAGUUGGCACGAAUAAUACGGAGAAAAUUACAAAGAAACCACCCAGUGUACCAAGGCAAGCUCAGUCAGGUUCGACAAAGCGAUCUAUGAAGCCAGCAACAAGAGUGAGAUCUGCUUCUACAGGUCGCGAUAAGAAAUCUGAAUUACAGGCACGAUACUGGGCAUUUUUAUUUGGGAAUUUACAAAGAGCGGUUGAUGGAAUUUACCAAACGUGCGAGGAGGACGAGAAUAUUUCUGAGUGUAAAGAAGUUAUUUUAGUUUUAGAGAAUUAUACCCGAGACUUUCAUAAUUUAAUAGAAUGGUUCAAAGUUAAGUGGGCUUACGAAAACUCCCCACCGCCGUUGAGACGGACUCCUUUAGCUUGGGAAGUUAGAAAGACUUCUCCUUGCCGAAUAUGGAAUUCCACAAUAGUUCCGAAAUCUACUAGUCCGUUGCAAAGAGCAAGUCCAACCGAGUCCAUUUGUAAGAGUCCGGUCGAACAAAUAAUAUGCGAGUGUAAAACGACUGCAACGGACAACAAGAUUAAUAAUGUAAAGGAGGAACUGCUUCAUAAGUUGUUAAAAGAUAGUAAAAACAACGUUUGUAAAAAUUGCUCCUCGGAUAUUAAAGAGAGGCGUAAAAACGGUGUGGAUAAGGUAAGAAAUCAAACAACGAAUAAGGAGAGAUCUGUGUCGGCGAAAGCACUUAACAAAGUUCUCAUGAAACAGUCAGUGCAAUCAAGAGCGAAUCUCGAAGACCGCAGGACACUGAAUGAAGGUGUAACGUACGACUCGAGGAAUAAGGUAGAUUCGAGAAACAUUCCGAAACACACGAAGGACUGCGUGCACGGCAAUACCGCGAAGCUAGCUGAUUCGAAUUUAUCAGCGGAUAAACUAGAACAGGCGUAUAAAAAUGAUAGAAACGUCCAGCUGAGUUCGUGCGCUAACUGUGAGCUUACGCAGAAAGACGCCGCUAAAGAUAGCAAGACAGAAGGAAAGAGCGCGGACAGUAAGUUAUCGUGUAACAAAAGUAACAUAGUAUUGGGGAAGAAUGAAAUUAACGUCAGAGUGAGAAAGGAUAGUCUUAGGAAGGGUGAGAAGUCAAGUACGAGAGCAACCGUUGUUACAAAUAUUCCGGUUCAGGCUAACUGUCAAACGAACAAGCACGGAAUUAGUGAUAGGUCGGAUAAUAAGGAUAGCCGAAAUCCUGCGGUAACCUCAUCCUCCGAUAACGCAGAUAAAGGCUCCACGACGUUCGAUAGGCCUGCCUACUCCACCGUGUCGCAAGCGAGAUCUAAGGCACGUUCGUCGUCGACUUUGUCCGAGACCCCAAAGUUCACCAGAAGUAAGACCUGCUUAAGCGGCAAAAAUUUACCUACUCCGAGUAAAACGAGGCCUGGAACGUCCGUUAUAGUGAGGGGACGAUUUCAAACCCUUGAAAAUAAGCUGUCCGAGCAAAAUAUUUCCAAGAAAGAGCAGGGCAGAGACAUGAACGGCUCGGUGGAGGUUUUAACGAAGCAAUCGCCAUCUUCGAAGUUAAAGGACGAAAGCGACGGUUGGCAAACGGUUAGGAACCGCUGUAGAAGAGGAAGCACUCAUAACCUGAACAUGUCGACGCGUUUUCAUAAACCGAGCACCGCCUUGUCUCUGCCAGCUUUGUCCAUAGAGAGCCCGUCGGAGAAGAUAAAGAAGAAUUGUUCCACUCCCGAUGGGAAUAACAAGCAAAAGAGAAAGUGCAUCGUGGGGAAAGCCGGGAAGAACAUGAACAACGAAGUCGAGAAAGUUAAGGGAGAAUCCAUGACGUCCACCAUUAAAAACAGUCUCGAAGAUACGUUCAAAAAGAACGCGCUGAAUCUGUGCGAUACGAAUUCAACGUCGAUGAUCGCGGCCAUCUUUAAGAACGACGCGGAGCUGCUCGAGAAACGCAUACAACAGUUUAUGGCCGCUCAGGCGGAAAGAGAAAGGAUCAUCUUAGAGGAAGAGAGGAAGACGGAGGAAGCGGAUUCUCAAAGAUCUCAGCAGUUGUCGGACGAGGAGGCGUCUCUGAAACGACAAAUCUUGGAGCUGGAGUCCACCGAGAUCGACGUUGACACGGAAACGGACGAAACGGAUGGCGAAAUGGUUCUCGAAAUGGAAGACGAACCUGCGGUACCCCUCAGUGUCGUCACCGACGAUAUUAGCUUAGAAGAUAGGUACGAAAAUAUGUUGGAAGGUAUGUCCUGGGCGGAACGAGUCGACACCCUCGCGCAAUUACGCGCGUUAGUAGCUCGGCAUCCGGGACGCGCGUUGGAAUUGCAUCAAAAACUGUCGUCCCCCUCGCGAAAAAGAUCGCUUCCUGAAACGUUGAGGAGAUACCAGGCGAAGCAAGCUUGCGCCCAGCACAAACGUCAAAAGCUACUAAUGGAGAAGUCGCAACGCUUGCGGGAAUUAUUGAACAAAGUAGAGGACGUUAAGAGCGCAAAGAGUCAACUGAUAGAGGACAAGAGAGUCCGGAUGGAAAUGAGACUGAAGAGAGCGGAGGAAAACAGAACGCAACACUUGCUGGAGAUAGUGAGGAAAGCGCACGACGAAGACUCGAAAUUGAAGGAAAUAGCUUUCAUCAACGAACUUGAAGCGCAGAAUAAGAGACACGAUUUCAUGGCAUUGUGCCAAGAACAAGAAGAGAGAUUACAGGGUAUCCAAGAAGAACGUCAACGUCGACAAGAAGAGAAAGCUGCCAAGGAAGCCGCGGCUGAAGAACGCCGACGAGCUUUGGAAGCAGAGCGCCAGUUGCGAAUACAGAAAAUGAAGCAAGCACGGCGAGAACGUGAGGAAAGGGUUGGCAAGAUGCAGCUCGAGAGAGAAAAGGAACGACAGGAAUUGGCGAGAGAAAAGGCACGUGAUCGCGAAGAACGCUUGUCGGCGCUACACGCUGCUCAACUGGCCAACCAAGAAGAGCUGCAGAAGAAAAUCGCGCAGAAGCAGCAAGAAUCUGCUCGGAGGCACGUAGAGAAUAUUGAGCACAUUCGACAGCGUGCGGUCGAAUCUUCAAUUUUAAGAUCGGAAGAAGUACCGCCUACCCUUAAAUCUUACCCUGCUCAAAAACAGUGUUCUCUGUGUGGCACGAUUAUAUCUAACGAGGUGUAUCUUCUGAGCCACUUGAAAGGAAAGACGCAUCUGGAAGCGGUGCGAAACGCACACGACAAUCGUGAACCGUCCCGGGACGAGCUCCAACGCUUCAACAUCGCGCAGAUACGAGACGUGCCGGUUACCGUUGCCAACAGUAGCAAUGCGAACAACAGCAAAGCCGCGAAAGAGAAGCAGAAAGCGUUGAAACGCCGGUGUAGAAAAAUCAAGCAACGCAUGAACUCGCGCGGUCAAGAGUGGGAGGACAAACGGAAGGCUGAAGUCAAUCCGAAUUUAUCGGCCGAAUCAGCGAAUAAGGCCAAAUUCCGGCGCAAUUUGAAGGAGCUGGACAGGUUGUACAAUAAUCAUUCCAAAUCCGCGUGGUCGACCAUAGCGCUCGCCGCCUUGGAGCGUUGUUUGGGCGAGAUCAAUCGAGCUUUCGCCAAAUCGUGUCCGUUCGAUCAGGACGCUUUCAGAAGCUUGAGCGGCUUUGAUGUCCUGACAAACUUACUGAAUUUAGGUUUAAAUGCGCAAAAUGCAUCACAUAAUUUACCAAAUAAGGCGAUCGUAUUAUUGUGUCGAGUUUACAAAGCCGGUGUCACUGGAAACGCUGAGAGCACAGAGGACAUUUUGUUGAGCAACAAAAUUCUCGUUAUUUUGGAUUUACUUUUACAACGUUUAGAGACUUUAACUGCUCUCGAUGACCACGCUCAGACUCAGGAUGUGUCUACCAAUUCGACCGGAAACGGAAUGGUGGCCGCCAGCGCGACGCAAUUGCUGUGCAGCAUGAUUCCCGAAGAGCCUUUUGAGAAAACCCCCCUGCAGAUGCGCGUUCAAGAUAUUGCUGGCUAUCUGGUGGCCGGCGGCCUGGUGGAUCGCGUGUCGCACCACAGCCAGGCCCUGAUCGAGACGGAUUUCUUUCUGGAUCAGGAGCACGAGUCGCCAUUGCUCGUAUCAUCUUUCGAUCUUCUCGCACGUAUCUGCGGUCAUCUGAAGAGGUCCGUCGAUCAAGAUAACGUCAGCGUACACGGCGAGGGCGGCAACGUGGAGCAAACAAGCUCCGAGGCACAUUUGUUGUCGACCUUGUCGGCGACCGAGGCCUCAGGUGCGAUCGGCGCACUUUAUACGGCGGUCGCGUUGACGCCGCAGAAUCAGAAGGGGGCCUCGCCGACGCCCAACCAGACCUUCUCCACCGCCGUGCGCACCCUGGCCGCUCGCGGUCUCAAGCUCCUCAAGUCGAUCGCGGAACUCGAUCUUCGGACGCUACAAAACUUUCUGGGUGUCGAAGGCACAAACUUGCAGUGGCGGUUCAUAGCGAGUCAUCUGAUAACCCGACUGUCCCGCGACAAGCCGGAAGUGGGAUCGAUGCAGAUUACGAGCAGCACUUACAUCCUCUCGGAAUUGUUCAUGGUGCUCGGCUACUUCGCCGUUAACAAUCCGGAUAAUCAGGUGGUCCUCCAAUCGGCAGGCGCGGGUCCUAGCGUUCUACAGCAGUUGUGCACUCUACCGUUUCCUUUUUACGGAGACCCCAAAUUGAUACCCUACACAUCGCCGGUGCUUUUAGCCGCCACGCAUCAGAAUCCCGAAGCAAUGGCGAUAUUGUCUUGCGAAUUAUCGUACGAGUUGCUGGAGCAGUACAAAAAUUCGGAAGAAGGUAAAGUAAAUCCUUUGGUGCGUUUGCUGAAGGAUAACGCCUAGUCUGCCUGCCGUCUCGUACGUUUCACCGAUUUCGCUCGAUUAGUUUAAUUCCGCUCGCUUGGAGCUCGUUAAGUAUCGCAAUCUGCACGCAUAUCGGAAUCAUCGUCGUCGAUGGAUCAUUAAGGCCAGCCGGCGAGCCGUUCCGUACGCGUUACCGCCCGGAAAAGCGUAGAAAAACGAAUUAAAGGAACCUGCAUCGGAUUCACUUCGCAGUGCCUCGUAUCUCAUUAUUUCGCGAUCAGAGAUUGCGUCACACCAAACGAUGAUAAUUCCCUCGUGUCAAGCGAACACGACACGUUCGACCGCGCGUGUUCCACCGUACCCAGAAAUAAAACUCGAUUUGCAAGCCGAGUUAAAUUAACUCCUAAGUAAAGCGAACAAAGUACGUAUGUUAAUUUAGAUCGGCGCUUCCCGAACCAUUUCGCUCGCCUAUUUGCGGCCGUGAUAAUACGCAUGCGCGCGAUAUUCCGCUUCGCAGACGCGCAAAACAUGGACCGCUCGUCAGUUUCAAAACCGAACGAUCUGUAAUUUUAUCUCAUUAAUUUUUUUCUCAGCUUCUGCAACUUUUCGUGCGUGUCGCGCGACGAUUCGCGGAUCGUACACGGCGAGAUCGCGCACUUUCGAUUAAUCGCUUGGUGAGUAAACUCACGUCACGCUUCGUUGAACGUAACCGCGCGCCGCAUAAUUUAUUCGCGCGCAUCGGUAGCGACUUACGAUCGAAAUUGCCUGUCGCUUUCGGUGAACGAAUGACGACAAUAAACAUCACGGCGAUCAACGCUGGCACUUCGGUUCAAACUGAGUAGGUGCUCAACCGAAGUUAUCGCGUGGCAGUCCGUGAGUUAUCCCGUAUGAUGUAUUUUUACGGGCUUCUCUCUGGCAAACAAGCGACACGUAUGCGAGACUCGCUCCUCUUCGAACGGCCCGGCGUGAGAGAACGAUGGGCGCGGAUAUUUUCAACUCUGGGAUACGUGAUAUCGCAGGUGAAAAAAACACAACGUAUAAAGGAAAAUCGAUCGUAAGAGAUUUAAUCUGUGCACUAUAAAAAAAAAUGUAGCCAGCGGAAGGAAGACGAACAUUCCUACUUCGAUGAACUUCAGAACGCGCCCGGUAUUCGGUGGAAAGAUUUAUCUUCCGAGAAUCACAGAAUAAAUUCGAUUAGGCACGGAUGUGUUCCCGAGACUCGAUGAAAAAGAAAAAAAUAUUGCGGUCUUUCUGACACGAGUCUGAGUCUUAAAGAAGCGGCGAGAAGUUAAUCGAAAGCAGAACAUCGCGAAAAGCGUCAAGCAUCCCAGGGUUGAAAUCGUAGUAAAGGAAUUUCAAAACACCAACUCGAUAGAGAAUCCACGCUUUGCUUCGCGAUGUCUGGAUAUCCGUAAAACGUGCGUACAUAAGAGUGAGACGAAUGAACUUUGGUUACAUUCGAGCGUCUCUCAUUUGUUUCUUCCGUAUGUAGAAGAAAACGUCUCGAGAAAGAAGAGAAUGCGAAAUAACCUGUCGGUAAUUCGAUGUGUAAGUGAUACGAUGAAUGUGAAGAAACCGCGCGGGAUGUCCUUGAAUCUAGUCCUUUUAACGUUAGUGGAGCUGUAGAUUAAUAGUAAUCUCUCGCAAUCUUCAUUGCGUAUUUCGUAUUGUAUUUUUUACGACCGCCCAUUUCUUUCCCACGCGUGCCAAUCUAUCGUGCAAAGGAUGUGUCUUCAAUUGGGCCUUCUUGAUAUAGUAAUCGUCGCGUGGUGAGGCCCGAUAGCAGUAGGAAGAUCUUGAUGCGUGUGUUCGCCACCUAAACCGUACGCGAAAUAACGAGGUCCUCUCGAAAAGUUUCUCACGGAUCGAAUUUGCACCACCAUCGCGCGUUCAUUACGCAGAAUUGAUCUUACGAGUUGACGUUACGCGCGUACGAGUUUCCGUAGCUGCAACAUACGCAUUCGUGCAAUGUCCUGCCAAUGCAAUUGAUAUUAAGUACUAUAUUAUAGAUAUAUAAAUAUAAAAACACACACACAGAAUAUUUAGACGCGUACACGCGAUAUAUUCAAGAGACAUUUGACAUUAAGGAAUUACACUCGAGUGGCUCGAAGAAACGUCCGAUAUUUGAAUUUCUCUGCUAAUCACAUUAUUGACUUUACGAAGAUGUCCUUUGGAAGGGUGGUUUUUUUAAUGCUUUAUACUUUAUUUAUAUACUGUACGAAGCUUAUUACGGAAAGUUGAUACGUAUCGCUGUUUUUGCUGCUUUCAUGAAGCUCGUCAUCACUAAUCGGAAUCUAAAAUAUCUCGGUAACUACUAGAUUAAUUUAGCUACUUUAGUAGUUUUGCAUGAACAUUCUUAGUGAAAUUAUCUAGUCUUUAUUGUAACCGAUUUUUAAAAUAUUAAUUUUUAAUAAAGUAACAUUCACGCGAAGUCACAAGUUCCAUUUUUCGCCACAAAAUUUCUCUUCUUUUUAUUUAUGGAAGAAAAAAACUAUAAUAGAUAUAAAAAAAAUCGCACAACGAAGACUAAGUAAUCUUAUUAAAAGUACUUCUGCAAAAUUACAAAGCCAAAUUAGUUCAAUAGUUUUCGAGAUAUUUAAUACUGAUUAGCGAUGAUGAGCAUCAUGAAAGCACCCCUCAAAAGGAUAUCUUCAUAAAGUUUCAAUGAUAUGACCAGCAGAAAACCAUAAACAUUAGUAGUUUUUCAAAUCGCUCGGUGUGUAGCCCCUUAAUGAUAAUCGCAAGUCGAAUGAGAAUGAGAAUCAUAAAUGUCUCACAUACGUUCGACCUUAAGUAAUAUAUAUAACAUAUAUAUAUAUAUAUAUUAAUGAUUAAUUUAUGACAUAACACGUCGGUCAGUUCUCGCCGAAAUUUUCGCUAUUCAAACGAAUCGAGGAGAAUUCUCAUUGGGAUGAGAACUUUCGCGCAAGUCGACCGACAUCCCCCGCACGACGAUUGAUAGUCCAAUUAAAUCGCAAUGUUUAGUGAGCUAGAUCAUUAGCGUCGCUUUCGUCGGAUGCUGAGGAUAUUCGCGGGCGUGAUUCGCAUUACGGAGAGGAAGAGGAAAAGAAAGAAGCAGUAUUUUUCUACGGUAGCUCUUACGAACGCGCAUACGAUUAGACUUUAUAGUGACGUUUGCGAGAGAAAGAGAGACGUGACUCCGCGACGCAGCUCCGUUAAUUCGAUUACGAGACGUACUUAUGUAUCUCCACUGCGUCAUUUGCAAGGAUUCCUGCGAGCGUCGCGACACUCAUAGCGAUUAUUUAGGGAUAAUGCGUUCCGGAAAAAUAAUAUCGAUUCUUGUGACUCGUUAAUGCCGGAACGAUGAACACCGAGAGACAUCCGUCUAACAUUUUUACUCAUCGUCUCGGAAAUCGAAAGACUUUCCGGCAGGAUCGUCGUUUUAACUGUCGCAAAAAAAUCAUUUUUACCGUAAAUACACAUACAUCAGCUGAGCUUUUAAUAAUUUUCUGCUCUGUAUUUUCCACUUGUUGCGUUACACGGAACCGUUUCCUUCGCUGUUACACAUCAGGUGUCGUAAUAAACGUCGAGGCGAAUAAAAGCGACAGGUCUCCCAGGUAUCGAUCGUUCUGACUCCGACAUUAAGUUCAUGAUCUGUUCACAAAUUUGCCUGAGAUCAAACAGGGCGGGCGAGUGACGCGGUGAACGUUCUCGUUGAUAAAUUCAACGAUUUCAUUUUGGGAAAAUCCAUGAAUACGACGAAUCGUUCAUUUUCUUGUCACCGCGUCCCAAUUUGACGCUUUGUGCGAAGACCGGGCGAAUCUGCGUCGACCGCGUUAAGUAACGUUAAAACGACCCGGAAAAUAUAGGCGAUUUUUUCAUCGUGAGGAUGAGGAGGCAAUUUUAAGGUUUUUAUUGCGAACGUGUUAAGUGUCAUGCGUGUGCAUUCGAUGCGCGUCCGAAUUUUUUUUGUCACGCAACACGCGCAUACGCUUGGCGUAUGUAUGUGUACAUAUACGCGAAGGAGUAGGCUAAUAUAUUACACAUAUGUAACAUACCAUCCGUAUUAUAUAAUAAAGGUAACACUUUGCGAUAUA